AUGACCAGCCUUCCCCCGCACGACUCCGCCGAGAGCCCAGGCUGGUUCUGGAAGCAUUGGAAGCCCAAGACCAGCCCACUGGCCAACCUGACGACGAUUCUUCGUAUCUUGCCGUUGAGGGGGCGGGCGGGCCAUCCCGACGCACCUGCUGCUCCAUGUGCACAAUCCCCCACUCGGCGGUUCGGAGCGCUUUUGGUGAAGCACCAGAACGAAUCAGGAAGUGACCUCCCGAGGAACUUCCUCAAGAAGGGGGGUUCCCCGUGCGUGGGUAUCGAUCGAGCGCUGUCAACCGCCUCCCGCAACCACGAACGGCGAAUCAAGGAAUACCAAUUGGAGAAACCUCCGGCCCAGCCCACUGCGAUACUUCGGAGAAAUGAGGAUCUGAUCGAUAUAAAUCUACUCGACCGGCGCGUCUGA